GCGUAACACUGGAUGCUUACUGGUGAUAUUACUGCUCAUACUUAAUCAGAAGUGGAUUCAAGUUGUGGCUGACCUUACAACUGUGUAAUGUUUUUUUGGGAGACAAAGUAACCUGAUGGAGUUUGACGAUGCAAUCGUUUGUUCUCCUCGCUUCUCUGUGUGGAUGCGUCCUUUGCUCAGGUACAUAACUACUGUUUCUCUUUUGUAAAAGUCAGUGUAGGUUUAUUUAUAUUAUGUAUAACAUUUGCAAUCCCGAGUAAUAAUUUCUUAAUUAUUGUCUCGUUGCCCCAAAAUCUCUCAAUUUAAAGCCUAUAGGCUACAUUUUAGAAUAAAACAAGAUAUUUUUGAGAAGCUAAGCCUCUAUUCUAAUAUAAUGUAUACAUUAUGUUCUAAAAUGAUGCAAAUAUGAAUGCAAUCGCUUUAAAUGUAGUCUUUACACACAUUGACAGAAAUGAAUGAUUUAACUUGUUUUACCUUCGGAGUCUGAGCCUACCUGUCGUAAUCAUAAUACCAGUCAGUGAACAUUAUUAAAAUGGUCAAUCUGUCAUUCAGACAGACGCAUUAAUAAUUUCUGCUCCAACACCCUUAUAGUUAGACAAGUUUAUAUUUUUGUUUGAACUAUGGCUAAUGCAAUAAUAAUGUUUGGCCACACUGCAUUCAUAUUUUAUAGUAGAUGACCCGACACACAGGCAGACAUAAAGUAGGACAUAGGAUGUAAUCAGAUUUUAUUUUCUUCAAAAUAGUGAUGAAUAGCGAUGUGUUUUACAAAGUGCUGCUAUAAUGUUUUUAAUGUGUGACUGUACUGAUUACCAAUAAGGCAGCAAGGUUGAGUGGGUCAAGGAUUCUUCAUACUAAUGAUUAUCUGUAUAUUAGCUGUUGGGAUUUGGCAUUUCACCAGAAGUGACAGUGAUUGGAUAGCCUUCACACUUAAACAUGCGUCUGAUGAUCUCCUUUUUCUGAGACAGUGGUCAUACUAAUUUUAACACCUCAUUAUUAUUAACAGUGUAGUUGAAAAAGCAGUGGCUAUAGCAUUUUUAACGGGUUUAAACCUCUGUGCUGUUUUACUGUCCAAUCUGAUUGAAAAGGGCGCUGGACAAUGGACUUGUCUAUGUAUUAGAGAGGGAAUAGAGACAUCAACAGAAGGAAAUGGCUCCCUCUUAUGGAGUUUCUGCUCUGCAUUAUCUUCAUGGAGGUUGCUUGGAAACACAUGUGCUUCCAUGUAGUGCACUGUAACUAGAUAUUUCCUUCCAUGUAUUUUAGGCAUCACAAUUAGUGUGUGUGUGCGCGUUUCAGUCUGGCCUUUUCAGAUGCAGUGUUACCACUGUGAAGAGACACUGUUGGACAAUGACUGUUCAGCUCCAAAGUUCAUUGUCAACUGCACAGCAAACAUCCAGAAUGCCUGUCAGAAGGAGGUGAUUGUGGAUGAAAAUGGUGAGCCUUGCUGAAUUUAUUCUAGUAGGUUAAUAGUAAAUAACUUUUUUUUUUACAAGAUCGAAAAUGUGCACCCUUUGACAUGUGUAAUUUUUGGUCAAGGCUUUGUCUUCUCUCUCUCCCUAGGUGUGAUUUACAGGAAGGCUUGUGCCUCUUUCUCCACCUGUCUGAUUGUGUCAGCAGGGUAUCAGUCUUUCUGUGUCCCGGGCCGGGUGGGCUCUGUCUGUAUUAGCUGCUGUAACACCCCCCUCUGCAACGGACCCCGCCCCCCUAGGAUCUCCCUGGCCCCCAGCCAUCCUCCCACCAGCCCCACUACCCUCCUCAUCAUCACUGUUUCCAUGGCAACACUGGACUGA